CAGUUAGUGCGUCACUCCAUGCAAAAUCAACGCGACUCGCGUUCUGUAACGCACUUUUGUGUGCGCCUGAUAAAAAAAGAUGGCGGAUCACUCGGUUGAGAUUACCGAGGGCUGUCGACUUCCCGUGCUGCGAAAAAAUCAAGAAAAUGAAGACGAAUGGCCUUUGGCUGAAAUUCUCAGUGUCAAAGACAUCCAUGGGAAAAAGCUUUACUAUGUCCACUAUAUUGACUUCAAUAAGCGCCUGGAUGAGUGGGUUACUCCAGACCGGCUGGAUAUUAAGAAGCUCCAAUUUCCCAAGAAGGAGGCAAAGACUCCCAUGAAGGAUGGCCUGCCUGGGUCUAGGCCGAGCUCCCCAGAGAGAGACGUGAAGAAGAGUCUAGAUCUCCAUGUUCAGUCUGCUUCAGCUACUUCAAGAGGCAAAACCCUCCCCACACCGAAAAGGAAAGCAGAGUCAGUUUCUUUGGCAACACAAGUGACCGCAGCGACUCCAGUGCCUUCACUUCCUAGUUCUGCGGAGGCGAGUCAGGCCUCUGUCUAUCCAACAAUGAGAGAUUCCUCUUUCAGCAUUAAAUCCAGAGAUGAGCAUGAACCACUCACCUCUCUCACUACAAAUGGCACAACCUCCAUCCAGCGUCAUCUUAUUCCUCCUCCGCCUGGGAGAAAAAGAAAAAGUUGUGGAGGGACAGACGAGAUGGUAAAGAUGUUCCAGAAUAACAGCCCUCGCUGCUCCACCAUCUAUUUGCUGCCAGGAGAGGACUCUCAGGACAGUUCAGAUGGAAUCCCAUCUGCCCCACGCAUGACUGGUAGUUUGGUGUCAGACCGCAGUCAUGAUGACAUUGUGACGCGAAUGAAGAACAUAGACUGUAUUGAGCUGGGCCGGCACAGAUUGAAGCCUUGGUACUUCUCUCCAUACCCACAGGAGCUCACCUCUUUGCUCAUUCUCUACCUCUGUGAAUUCUGUCUCAAAUACCUCAAGAGCCUCAAAUGUCUUCAAAGACACCUGACGAAAUGCAACCUUCGGCAUCCACCAGGAAAUGAGAUCUACCGCAAAGGAACCAUCUCCUUUUUCGAAAUAGAUGGCAGAAAAAACAAGGCAUAUUCCCAAAAUUUGUGCUUAUUGGCCAAAUGCUUCCUGGACCAUAAGACCCUGUACUACGACACCGAUCCUUUCCUCUUCUAUGUUAUGACAGAGUAUGACUCUAAGGGUUUCCAUAUCGUUGGCUACUUCUCAAAGGAGAAGGAAUCAACAGAAGACUAUAAUGUGGCCUGUAUCCUGACCUUACCACCUUAUCAGAGAAGAGGCUAUGGCAAACUACUAAUUGAGUUCAGUUAUGAGCUCUCAAAGGUGGAAGGAAAGACAGGCACCCCAGAGAAACCUCUGUCUGAUUUGGGCCUGCUCUCCUACCGUUCAUACUGGUCCCAGACCAUUCUGGAGAUACUCAUGGACCUCAAAUCAGAGAAUGGAGAGCGGCCACAGAUCACCAUCAAUGAAAUUAGCGAGAUCACAAGUGUCAAGAAAGAGGAUGUGAUAUCAACUCUUCAAUACCUCAACCUCAUCAAUUAUUAUAAGGGUCAAUAUAUCCUCACCUUGUCUGAGGACAUAGUGGAAGGUCACGAGCGUGCCAUGCAGAAACGCCACCUCCGUAUUGAUCCCAAAUGCCUGCAUUUCACUCCUAAAGACUGGAGCAAGAGGGGCAAGUGGUGAAGUUCAGAGGAGGGCUGGUAGCUCACAGCUACAGAGAGCAAUUAAAACCAACAUAAAUACUGUAAAUAGUCUUGUAUUUAUGUACUUUUAUGGUUUUUAUAUCAAGCA